AUGGACGAUCAUAAAUUAUUUGUUGGUAAUAUGGCAGCACGUAUAACACAACGUGACCUUUGGAGAUUUUUUUCACCAUAUGGUCUUAUUGAUGAAUGUGCAAAAUUCCAUGAAUCAUAUGCAUUUGUACGUUUUGUUCAUGCUGAUGAUGCUCAAAAAGCACGUCAAGAAACACAUGGUGCAAUGCUAAAAGGUCGAAAACUUAAAGUUGAAUUUGCUGCUACUAUAAAUAAAACAAAUGCAAUAUCAUGGAAACAACAAAAAUAUUUAUACAUUCAACCACUUCGUCGACCUAGUAAUACACCAUUAUAUUAUUCACAACCUAUAACAUCACCAAUAAAAUCUCAUAAUCGAAUUAUUUCAAUUGAAUCAUCGAAUUAUGAAGAAUUUCUUACACCGGAUUUACUUCGUUUGGCUGGAAUACAAAAUUCAUCACCGGAUGAUGGUUAUGAAACAAACUCUUCACCGAUAUUGAAUAGUACUUGUGAAUCACGUUUUUUUCCAAUUUCAAUUAAUCGACAUAAUGUCUAUUCAAAUGCCAUAUGUAAACAAAAUAAUCGUCAACAUGAAGAUUUAAUGUCAUUAGAUUUUGCUCGCAUACGUUUAUUUUCCGAUGGAUCGUCUGGUUUUGGUGAUGAUUCAAAUUUGUUUAUUGAAUAA